UACAGUGUUAGAAAGAGAGAGAAAAAAGUGUCCGGAAAACGUUGGGAGGCUCUCAAUCUCUCCUCACCUUCCGCUCUAACUGUUGCGAUGGCACUCCCUCAUUCUCAACCAUUUUUAGCUGUCAAUGUAUUGCUUCUUCUUCCUCCUCCGCCUAAUUUUAGUCACUACAGCCAACCCAAAAAACCCACCAAAUUACCUUUAACAAAUUAUCAUUGGAGCUGUUUAUUCAACGAUGAUUUUUAGUCAUCUUCAUCCUUAAAUCUUCUGGGGUUCUUCACUCAAUUAUUUAAGUUGAAAGAAAACAUAUUUCAUGUUUUCUCUUUCUGGGUAUCUGAUCCCUUUUUGUGUGGGAAAGAUGCACCAGAAAAACGUUGUUAGUUUGUGGUUUGUUUUCUUUGGGGUCCUGACCUCUCCGGUUCAUUCCAAGACAAAAUCCCCGGAUGUCUCUGCCCUCAAUGUGAUGUAUAGCAGCUUAAAUUCUCCUUCAGAACUGAGUGGCUGGAAAUCGAGCGGGGGUGACCCUUGUGGUGACUCCUGGGAAGGGAUCAAAUGUUCAGGCUCAUCUGUAACUGAAAUAAACUUAUCUGGCCUUGGACUCACCGGAUCAAUGGGCUAUCAGCUAUCAAGCUUGACAUCCGUCACUCAGUUCGAUUUAAGUGACAACAACCUCAAGGGUGAGAUACCAUAUCAGCUCCCUCCUAACGUAGCUCACAUAGAUCUUUCUCAUAAUGGCUUCAGUGGUGGUGUACCAUAUUCGAUUUCUCAGAUGACUGAUCUUGAAUACCUAAAUCUUGGUCAUAAUCAGCUGAAUAACCAGUUGAGUGAUAUGUUUGGAAAACUUUCAAAGCUGAAAGAGCUGGAUCUUUCCUACAACUCACUGUCAGGAAAUUUGCCUCAAAGUUUCCAAUCUCUCUCAAGCCUCAAAAAAUUGAAUUUGGAAAAUAAUCAAUUCAGUGGUCCAAUUAAUGUCUUAGCCGAUCUUCCCCUCAAGGAUUUGAAUGUCGAAAACAACCAGUUUACUGGCUGGAUUCCUGAGGAACUCGAGGAUAUAGACUCAGAAACUGGAGGCAAUUCCUGGUCAUCUGGGCCUGCUCCUCCUCCUCCUCCUGGUGCAAAGCAUCAUGCUAAUCAACACUCAACUAAAAAUAAUGAUGGGAAAUCUGUCAAGAGUGGAGUGGCAAUAGCUGGAAUAGCUUUGGGCGUACUGGUAGUAAUCGGGAUUCUAAUUGCUCUAUUUUCAAGAAGAAAGUCCCCUCCUCCUUCUCAUUUCCUUGAUGAAGAGAGGAUUAGCCAGCGUAGAUCCUUUACCCCCCUUGCAUCUCGGGAAUUAUCUCAGGACUUGCAUACAGGAAUAUGCAAAGACUUCAAAGAUAAUAGCAGAUCAUUGGAUUCAUCUGCUUCAAUCGAUAUAAAGUCCUUGCAGAAUUCUUCAUCAAGCUGUCUUAAGCAUGCACCUUCAGAUUUUAAGCAAUCUUAUGAUGACAAUGAGUUUGCAAACCGUCUAAAUGCAAGACGAAGCACCUCUGUUCGAGCUAUCUCUUACUCUUUGGCAGAUUUACAGCUCGCUACUGGUAAUUUUGCGACAGGCCGGCUUCUUGGUGAGGGGUCUAUUGGGCGUGUUUAUCGGGCUAAAUAUGCUGAUGGGAAGGUUUUAGCUGUGAAAAAGAUUGACUCCUCACUUUUCCAAGGAGGACGAGUGGAAGAAUUUGUUCAAAUUGUGUCAAACAUCUCCAGGCUUCACCAUUCAAAUAUUGCUGAGCUUAUCGGUCACUGUUCAGAACAGGGGCAUAACAUGUUAGUUUAUGAGUAUUUCAGGAAUGGCUCACUUCAUGAGUUCUUACACAUGUCAGAUGACUACAGCAAGCCACUAACUUGGAACACAAGAAUAAGAAUCGCAUUGGGCACAGCCCGAGCUGUUGAGUACCUCCAUGAGGUCUGUUCUCCAUCGUCUGUUCAUAAGAACAUUAAGUCAUCUAAUAUUUUGUUUGAUGCUGAACUCAAUCCCCAUCUCUCUGACUGUGGUUUGGCAACCUUUCAUCAGCGUACUAGCCAAAACCUUGGGGUAGGAUAUAAUGCUCCAGAGUGCACAAAACCUUCGGCCUACACAGUGAGAAGUGAUGUUUAUAGUUUUGGGGUGGUCAUGUUGGAAUUAUUGACAGGGCGGAUGCCUUUGGACAGUUCAAAACCAAAACCCGAGCAAUGCCUUGUACGAUGGGCCACCCCGCAGCUUCACGACAUCGAUGCAUUGGGAAAAAUGGUUGACCCAGCCCUGCGCGGACUGUACCCUCCCAAGUCACUCUCCAGAUUUGCUGAUAUUAUUGCCCUCUGUGUUCAGUUGGAGCCCGAAUUUCGGCCACCGAUGUCUGAGGUGGUGCAGUCAUUGAUGCGGUUAGUCCAGCGGUCAAGUUUUAACUAUAGAGAUGACUUUGGUGGUUCUCGUCGGAUGGAUGACCAUGACUAUUAGUGAUUUAUGCUCCGAGAUUGUAUAUAUAUACAUUCCAUGUGAGAUUGUUCCGAAUUAAGGAGAGUUAUUUCCAUUUUCCUUUAUUUUUUUCCAACUCUUGCAGUAAACUUGUUUCUUUUAAGAAAGCAGAAUGAGCGGUCUAUGAAGUCAAUCUAUAGAAGGGUUAGUACGAGCUGCUUCUGAAGUUAAAUGAGGGACAUGGUGGAAAUUGAAAGAGUUACCCUUAAAGCCAUGUCACAUGGGAUUCUUUCUUUUUAUAACUGGUUUUCUCAUUUCUGAAGAUUAGAAGA